AUGAAAACAGCAAUUUCCGGUGACAUCCAUGAACACUCUCAUCAUCGUGCUCACAGACAACUACUAUCCAGCUUGCAAAGGAAUGAUGAAGUACCGGACGGUACUAGAAUCGUGUGCGUUUUCAAUCGCGACAUCGCUGAUGCACAGCUGGUGCUCGAGCGAUCUCCACCCAAGACCUUUCAUGCUGGUAUAGAAAAUUUUUUUUCAAAGCAUAAUAUCUUAUCUACGUAAAACUUUUGUGCACACGGAAAAUGAACGUCACCCGGUCAAUUUUUUCUUGCAUCAUGUAGGUAUUAGGCGCUAGUAGACACACGAGAAAACAUCAUCAUGUCGACACAAAAAUAAAUGAUCUCAACAGGUACACCAGAACAGUCAGAAGCAACUGGAGCAACAACUGUCGAUUUGUGCAUGGUUCUCUUCCUAAGCUGUCUAACGGAGUCGCUUCAGCACAUCUCGACCCAUAGCUGUGCUUCCCAGGAACCUCGGUCUGCGUCAAUUUUCCGAACUUUUUUGAGGCAAGGGAAACAAAAUCUCUUUGUCGCAGUGUCACCUACGCAAGUUUGAUACUAUCACGAAAAAUUUUAGAACAGACUUAUAUCGUCUUCCACACCGUAGACGCCUCCGCGGAUGAGACCUUCGUAGAUGAGACCUAUGCAGAUGAAACGACCACGUCGUAUAGUAACAUACUCAUUUUCUUGUUCGAUUUUUUUUUUAGAUUUUUGUCAAGGAAGAAAAUGUUGGAGUCCAAGACUGUACUCGAUAGACAAAUCCCGAUACCACAAGUGAUCUACGCAGCUGAGGAGCUGCUCAUAGAAUACCAUAUAGCAGAGGUAAAGAAGACGUAAUUUUCGGUCGGCAUAGAACCGUCGAUAUCACGAGCAAGGACCCAUUCAAAGAAAGUAACGCGGAAUAACACAGAAGUUUCUACAUCUACGGAUGAGCCCACAAGGACGAAAAAUUCUGAAACUCAUUCUUCUUUUUUUUCAUCUUCACGAUUGAAAAUCAU